UGGAUCCUUGACGGCGGAUCCACCACCCAUAUUUGCACUGAACGAGCAGCCUUCACAACCUUCACCCCCUCAGAGGAACAUAUCCAGGGCAUUGUCAAAGAUGGGCCUGUACUACGUGUUCUCGGCCAUGGAUCAGUAUUAGUCAAUGUCUCUGUGAAGGGACAACCUGACUGUGUCGUCAAAUUGACAAAUGUCCGUUAUUGCCCCAAUGCCCGUGACCACCUUAUGUCCGAGAGCCGCAUG